CUGUGCCUCUGCAUCUGCCACCGUGGGUCCCAAGUUCCAGCGACUUCUCCUGUCCCACACUCUCUGCUUUGCUCCCUGUGUGUCCUGAAGAAAGGGGACGUGCUCCCGAGAUUUUCCACGGUGAUGACAGCAUUUGAAGACCUCGCUGUGUACUUUACGUGGGAUGAAUGGCAGAAAAUGAACAAUGCUCAGAAAAUCCUGUACAGAGAUGUGAUGCUGGAGACCUACAGCAGCCUGUUCUCCUUGGGGCACUGCAUUACCAAACCUGACUUGAUCUUCAAGUUGGAGCGAGGAGAAGAGCCAUGGAUGGUGGACGAAUGCUUGAAUCAGAGCCUUUCAGCGGUCAUGAAAAGGGAUGACCUGAUUAGGAUCAACCAGGAAAGUCAGGACACAAAUCUGAAUCAGGAUUUUAUGAAAAAUAACAAGACAUCAGCUCUCAAGAGAAUUGAAUUAAGAAAAAUACUUAGUUUAAAUUCAAGCCAUAUUCCAACACUGAUUAUUAAAAAGGGAACAAAUACAGGAUUGAAGCCUGAGGAAUGCAGUAAAUGUCACACUGUAUAUCCCCCCAGUGGGCCUGAUAAACUACAGGCUGGAGAGAAAUUUGAUAACACUAAGAUACCUGGAAAAUCUCUCCAGUUCUGUGAGCCUCUUAGUCAGCAUGGCAAUAUUCAUAUCAUGAAGCAGCCAUUUGACCCCACUGGACAAGCAAAAGUCUUCAUAAGAAAGAUGUUCUGUAAAUCUGAGAGGAUUCAUAUGGUAGAAAACUGUAAUAAAUCAACUGCCACUUUUGGAAAAGCAACUGAAAUAGAAAGAGCUAUCCAUGAAAAUUCUAGCCUCAAUAUGCAUAAACAAACUCACACAAGAAAGAAAUUUUAUAAGUACAUUAUGUAUGUUGAACCUGUCAUUCACCAGACACAUCCUGCAAUAAACCAGAGACUAAAUACAAGGAAAAAAGUAUACACCUGUAAACCUUGUGGCAAAUCACUCAGUUUUAAUUCACGUUCUGAAUGUAAUGACUGUGGAAAAGCCUUUAGACAAAAUUCAGUCCUAAGAAAACAUCAGCAAAUUCACACAGGGGAGAAACCUCAUGAAUGUAGUGACUGUAGAAAAGCCUUUACACAAAAGUCAUACCUCAUAAACCAUCAGCGAAUUCACACAGGAGAGAAACUUUAUAAAUGCCUUCAUUGUGGAAAAGGCUUUCUGUGGAAGUCAGACCUCAUAGUACACCAGAGAAUUCACACAGGGGAGAAACCUCAUAAAUGUAAUGACUGUGGAAAAGCCUUUGGACGAAAGUCAAACCUCAGGAAACAUCAGCUAAUUCACACAGGGGAGAAACCUCAUAAAUGUAAUGACUGUGGAAAAGCCUUUGGACACAAGUCAGCCCUCCUCAUACACCAGCAAAUUCACACAGGGGAGAAACCUUAUAAAUGUAAUGACUGUGGAAAAGCCUUUGGACAAAAGUCAGCCCUCAUCAUACACCAGCGAAUUCACACAGGGGAGAAACCUCAUAAAUGUAAUGACUGUGGAAAAGCCUUUGGACACAAGUCAGCCAUCAUAAUACAUCAGCGAAUUCACACAGGGGAGAAACCUCAUAAAUGUAAUGACUGUGGAAAAGCCUUUGGACGAAAGUCAGACCUCAUCAUACACCAGCAAAUUCACACAGGGGAGAAACCUCAUAAAUGUAAUGACUGUGGAAAAGCCUUUGGACACAAGUCAAACCUCAUCAUACACCAGCGAAUUCACACAGGGGAGAAACCUCAUAAAUGUAAUGACUGUGGAAAAGCCUUUGGAUACAAGUCAGGCCUCAGGAGACAUCAGCAAAUUCACACAGGGGAGAAACCUCAUAAAUGUAAUGACUGUGGAAAAGCCUUUGGAAGAAAGUCGCACCUCAUCAUACACCAGCGAAUUCACACAGGGGAGAAACCUCAUAAAUGCAAUGACUGUGGAAAAGCCUUUGGACACAAGUCAGCCCUCCUCAUACACCAGCAGAUUCACACAGGGGAGAAACCUCAUAAAUGUAAUGACUGUGGAAAAGCCUUUAGACACAAGUCAAACUUCAUCAUACAUCAGCGAAUUCACACAGGGGAGAAACCUCAUAAAUGUAAUGACUGUGGAAAAGCCUUUGGACACAAGUCAAACCUCAUCAUGCACCAGCAAAUUCACACAGGGCAGAAACCUCAUAAACGUAAUAAAUGUGGAAAAGCCUUUGGACACAAGUCAGCCCUCCUCAUCCAUCAGCGAAUUCACACAGAGGAGAAACCUCAUAAAUGUAAUGACUGUGGAAAAGCCUUUGGAAUAAAGUCACACCUCAUCAUACACCAACGAAUUCACACAGGGGAGAAACCUCAUAAAUGUAAUGACUGUGGAAAAGCCUUUAGACACAAGUCAGGCCUCAGCAGACAUCAGCGAAUUCACACAGGGGAGAAACCUCAUAAAUGUAAUGACUGUGGAAAAGCCUUUGGACGAAAGUCAGCCCUCCUAAUACACCAGCAAAUUCACACAGGAGAGAAACCUCAUAAAUGUAAUGACUGUGGAAAAGCCUUUGGACAAAAGGCAAACCUACUCAUACAUCGGCAAAUUCACACAGGGGAGAAACCUCAUGAAUGUAAUGACUGUGGAAAAGCCUUUGGACGAAAGUCAUACCUCCUCAUACACCAGCGAAUUCACACAGGGGAGAAACCUCAUAAAUGUAAUGACUGUGGAAAAGCCUUUGGACACAAGUCAAACCUCACCAUACAUCAGCAAAUUCACACAGGGGAGAAACCUCAUAAAUGUAAUGACUGUGGAAAAGCCUUUGGAAACAAGUCAGGCCUCAGGAAACAUCAGCGAAUUCACACAGGGGAGAAACCUCAUAAAUGUAAUGACUGUGGAAAAUCCUUUGGAGAAAAGUCAGACCUCAUCAUACACCAGCAAAUUCACACAGGGGAGAAACCUCAUAAAUGUAAUGACUGUGGAAAAGCCUUUGGACGAAAGUCAGACCUCAUCAUACACCAGCGAAUUCACACAGGGCAGAAACCUCAUAAAUGUAAUGACUGUGGAAAAGCCUUUGGACAAAAGUCAAGCCUCCUCAUACACCAGCGAAUUCACACAGGGGAGAAACCUCAUAAAUGUAAUGACUGUGGAAAAGCCUUUGGAAUAAAGUCACACCUCCUCAUACACCAGCGAAUUCACACAGGGGAGAAACCUCAUAAAUGUAAUGACUGUGGAAAAGCCUUUGGACAAAAGUCACACCUUCUCAUACACCAGCGAAUUCACACAGGGGAGAAACCUCAUAAAUGUAAUGACUGUGGAAAAGCCUUUGGAAGAAAGUCAAACCUCAUCAUACACCAGAGAAUUCACACAGGGGAGAAACCUCAUAGAUGUAAUGAGUGUGGGAAAGCCUUUGGACGAAAGUCACACCUCAUCAUACACCAGCGAAUUCACACAGGGGAGAAACCUCAUAGAUGUAAUGACUGUGGAAAAGCCUUUGGACACAAGUCACACCUCGUCAUACACCAGCAAAUUCACACAGGGGAGAAACCUCAUAAAUGUAAUGACUGUGGAAAAGCCUUUGGACGAAAGUCAAACCUCAGCAUACACCAGCGAAUUCACACAGGGGAGAAACCUCAUAAAUGUAAUGACUGUGGAAAAGCCUUUGGAAGAAAGUCACACCUCAUCAUACACCAGAGAAUUCACACAGGGGAGAAACCUCAUAGAUGUAAUGACUGUGGAAAAGCCUUUGGACAAAAGUCAUGCCUCAUCAUACACCAGCGAAUUCACACAGGGGAGAAACCUCAUGAUUGUAAUGACUGUGGAAAAGCCUUUGGAUAAAAGACAAACCUCAUAUCACAGCAGAGAAUUCACACAGGGUAGAAAACUCAUGAUUGUAAUAACUGUGGAAAGCAUUUAGCCAUAAGUCAACCUUCAUCAUGCAUCAGAGAAUUCACACAGUGCAGAAACCUUAUGAAUGUAAUGACUGGAAAAGCCUUUGAACAAAAGUCAAACCUCAUAAUGUACCAUAGAAUGAACACAGUGUUUAAACUUCAUGAGUGUAAUGACUGUGGAAAAACUUGAUUUUAGGUUCCAACUCGAAAUGCAUCAGAAGAUUCACACCUUUAUAAAUCAUAUGUUAUAAACCGUAGCUCAUAUCACACCAGAGAAUUCACACUGGGGAGAAACUUCAUGAAUGCAAUGACUGUAGAAAAGCCCUUGGCAAUAAGUCACAUCCAAGAAUGCAUCAAAAAAUUCACAUGAAGAGAAACCUUUUGGACAUAAUGACUUAGAAAGCUUUUUCCCAUAAUUCAGCCCUCAUUGCACAUCAUCUAAUUCAUAUGGGGGAAAACACUUUGGAUAUAAUGCAUAUGGAAAAGCCUUUAUCCAUAAGUAACACCUCAUAAAACAUCAGAAUUCACAUGGGGGAGAAACCUUAUGAAUGGAAUGAGUGUUGAAAACUCUGCCAAAAUCACACAAUAUAACAGAAUUUAUUACAUGGUGGAAAUCUUGUAAUAAAUGUGGGAAAGCCUUUUGUCAGAAGGAAUACCUCAUAACACAUGUAGAUCAAGCAAGGGAGAGAACUUAAGAAUAUAAUGAAUGUGAAGGACUUUUUCCAAAAUCAAUAUAACCAUGUGACAGAGCCUUUUGCUGGAAAUUACAUCCCAUACAAUAGGCACUCCCAUAAGGAAGAAAGGUCGGGACCAGUGCUGUGGCACAGUAGGUUAAAGUCCUGGCCUGAAAUGCCGGUAUACCAUAUGGGCACUGGUUCUAGUCCCAGUUGCUCCUUUUCUGAUCCAGCUCUCUGCUAUGGCCUGGGAAAGCAGAAGAUGGCCCUGCACCCAUGUGGGAGACCCAGAAGAAACUCCUGACUCCUGGCUUUGGAUCACUGUAGCUCCAGCCAUUGCAUCCAUCUGGGGAGAGAACUAGCGGAUGGAAGACCUCUUUCUGCUUCUCUGUAACUCUUUCAAAUAAAUAAAGUAAAUUGUUAAAAAAAAUGAAGAAGUUCAGAAAUAUUAUUAGUGUGACAAAAAGCCAUUUGUCAGAAAUUGCAUUAUACAUCAGAGAAUUCACACAAGGGAUUUCUUAGUGUAAUGAAUGUGGAAGUAUAUUUUCAUGGAAAUCAGGCUUGCAUAAAUAUGCAACUCAAAAAAGGUGAUAUCCUUCAAGUGCAAUAGACCUCAAAAAACCAUAACCAGAAAUUAAACAUCAGGCCGGUGCCAUGGAGCAGUAGGUUAAUCCUCCACCUGCUAUGCUGGCAUCCCAUAUGGGUGCCAGUUCUAGUCCCAGCUGCUCCUCUUCAAUUCUGCUCUCUACUAUGGCCUGGGAAAGUAGUAAAAGACAGCCCAAGUGCUUCAGCCUCUGCACCAACAUGGAAGACCAGGAAGAAGCACCUGGCACUUGGCUUCAGAUCAGUGCAGCUCUGGCCAUUGUGGCCAUUUAAAGAGUGAACCAACAGAAGGAAGACCUUUAUCUCUGUCUCUCUCACUGUUUAUAACUCUACCUGUCAAAUAAAUAAAAAUCUCAAAAAACAAGCCAUUAAACAUCAACUAACACCAGAGAAUUCAUAAAGUAAAAUGUCAAUUUAAUGAAUGUGAAAAAAUUCUUCUGCCAUUAAUCAAUUCACAUGAAGAGACUCAGAAAUGAGAAAACACACAUGCAUAGAAAAGUCAUGUACCAUAGGUCACCUCUCAAUGGUUACCUGACAACUCACAGAAAGAAAAAAUCCUACGACUGUAUUAUCAUGGGAAAUACCUUUAUUAUUAGGCAAACUUCCACAAAAGAUAGCAAGAUUACAGAGAGAAGUCUCUGAAAUAUAAUUUGUUUGGAAGAAUUCAUUGGUGGAAUCACACCUUAAUGAGUAUUGGGCAGUUUUCAUGAUGAAUUGUGACAGAGUGGUUAACCAUUCUUCAGAAAUUUUUCUCUUAUUCAAACUGAACUUUUGGUUUCUCAUUAUUGUGAGUGGGAUCAAGUAUAUGAACUGAACUGUGCUCUCUUGUGUAAAUUUUGUUAAUAAAUGUUUAAAAGUUGA